AUGAGCUCUGGACACUCAAAAUCCCUAGUCUUCAUGCUCCUGGUUUUGAAACUCUGCUCCAUCCACACUUCUGCUGGCGGUAACACUAACACCACCGUAACAUGCCUCCCUUCUGAUGCUUCCACCCUGCUCCGACUAAAGCGGUCCUUCCUGAACUCUACCAACCUCACGUCAUGGCAAGCAGGGACGGACUGCUGCCGCUGGGAGGGCAUCGUCUGCGACACGACCACCAGGCAGGUGAUCAUGUUGGAUCUCAGUGAGUUUGAUGUCAAGAGUCGGGGCCUUGAUCCCGCACUCUUCAACCUCACCUCACUGAGAAACCUUAGCCUUGCCAGCAGUGACUUCAUGGGAGCGAGCAUGCCAUCGGUUGGAUUUGAGCUCCUCACUGAGAUGGUUCACCUAGACUUGAGCAAUACUGGUUUCAUUGGUCAGGUCCCCAUCGGCAUAGCCCAGCUCACGAAGCUGGUCACGCUUAACUUAUCCAUAAUUUACGCUUCCAACUUGGUUCUCAAGGAGCCGAGCUUUCAAACACUCAUAGCAAACCUCAGCAGUUUACAAGAGCUCAGUCUUGAUGGAGUGGAUAUCUCCAGCAGUGGGGAAACAUGGUCCAUUGCUUUGGCUAACUCCACUCCUAGACUAGAGAUUCUCACACUGAGUAAUUGUGGUCUAUCUGGAUCGAUUCAUAGUUCGUUCUCACAACUCCAUUCACUAGCCGAGAUCGACCUCACAGGAAACACAAUAGUUGGUGAGGUUCCUGAGUUCUUUGUUGACUUCCCUUUCUUGAGCAAACUUGACUUGACAAGCAAUGAUUUUGAAGGGCUGUUUCCCGCAAGGAUAUUCCAGCAAAAUCAUUUGAGGGUUCUUUCCGUGGCUGGUAAUCCUAAGCUUUCUGGGCACUUACCAAAUUUUCCAGUUGAGAAUAAACUGGAACAGCUCAUUCUGGCAGGGACAAAUUUUUCUGAUGCGGUGCCCGAGUCCAUUGUCAAUCUCAGGUCUUUGAGUGUUUUGGUGCUUUCAACAGAUGGAACUUCCAAGCAACUCUCCUUAUUUGGUGAGCUCCCCUCUCUGGAAGUGUUAAUGCUCCUGGGGUCAUCUGGUUUAGAGAAGCCUGGAUUUUCUUGGAUCGGGAAUCUUAGACAUUUGACCACUUUGGAGCUUUAUAACUACAAUUUCUCUGAGCCAAUACCCUCCUGGAUCGGCAAUCUUACCAAUUUGGUGUCCCUGGAGCUCGUAAUGUGCAACUUAUAUGGAGCAAUACCCCCUUGGAUUGGCAACUUGACCCAACUUUCAUUCAUACACUUCGGUCAAAACUACCUCACUGGUAAAAUUCCAAGAUCUUUGUUCGCUCUUCCUGAACUUCAGCAAUUACGUCUCCUGUCAAAUCAACUUUCUGGUCAUCUAGAGGAAAUUGAAACUCCUUUGUCUUCAUCCAUAUCCUUUAUUGAGUUGACAGAUAACCAGAUUGGUGGUUCGAUACCUCAAUCGUAUUUUCAGCUUACAAGCCUUGAAGGUCUUUUCCUUGGAUCAAAUAAAUUGACAGGCACAGUGGACCUUAGCUCUUUCUGGAGGCUUAAGAAUCUUUUUUCACUGACUCUGUCGAAUAACAUGCUAUAUUUGAUAGAUGAAGAAGGUGAUUCUCUGUUUCCUUCGCUGCCUCCCAUUCAAAGUUUGAUGCUUUCUUCAUGCAACCUUACAAAACUUCCAAGUGUGCUGAGAUAUCUGAAUGAGAUUACGGAACUAGACCUCUCAAGCAAUCAGAUCAACGGUGUUAUACCAAGUUGGGUAUGGGAGAAUUGGAAUGGUCACCUUAGCUAUUUGAAUCUCUCUCACAACAUGUUUACCGGUUUGGAGAAAUCUCCCUCUCUUGUUCCAAUGGGAUCUAUAUAUGUUCUGGAUCUAAGCUACAAUAGACUUGAAGGAGAUGUGCCAAUACCAAUCAUAAGGUCUGGACGCACAGAUAUCAUCUUGGAUUACUCAAAUAAUUACUUCAAUUCCAUCCUGCCCAGCGUAGGUAGAUAUCUCGGGAAAACAUCAUAUCUUGAUUUGUCCAGUAACAAAAUAAGAGGCCACAUACCCACUUCAGUUUGCAAUGCAAGUGAACUCCAGAUCCUCGACUUAUCUUACAACUACUUUAGUGGAGUGAUCCCAUCAUGCUUAGCUCAACGUAAAUUGGGAGUACUGAAAUUAAGAGGGAACCAAAUCCACGGGGUACUGUCUGAUGGCAUCAGAGAAGGAUGUAUGCUUGAGACAAUAGACUUGAGCCACAACUACAUUUCAGGGAAACUGCCUAGAUCACUAUCUAACUGCCGUGACUUAGGAUUGCUCGAUAUUAGUGACAAUCAGAUUGCCGAUUCAUUUCCAUCCUGGCUGGGAGCACUUCCUAAACUUCAAGUUCUUGUUUUAAGAUCCAACCAAUUCUCUGGCCUGAUUACAGAUCUUCAAGACAAUGACCAAAUUAUGAACCACUUCUCAAGUCUGCAAAUACUGGAUUUGGCCUCCAACCAGUUCUCUGGAAACCUGCCCAAAGAAUGGUUUAAUGAACUGGAAUCAAUGAAGGAGAAUGGCAACGAUGAUGGACAAGUUGUUGGACAUCAGAUAAACGUAGAAGUAGGAUUCUAUCGAGAUGAUAUCACUAUUACAUAUAAAGGGUCCGAUCUUAUUUUCACUAAAAUCCUUACCACUUUCAAAGUAAUUGAUUUAUCAAAUAACUCAUUUGUCGGUAACAUUCCCGAGUCAAUUGGGAGUCUGGUUUCACUACAUGGGCUUAACAUGUCAUACAACAACUUCAUGGGGCAAAUUCCAUCACAGCUAGGUAACCUGACUCGGCUAGAAUCAAUGGAUCUCUCAUGGAACCAUCUCUCAGGGGAAAUCCCGCAGCAGCUAACUUCCCUAACUUCUCUUUCUUGGUUGAACCUUUCAUACAACAACUUGACAGGAAGAAUACCACAAGGAAACCAAUUUCUCUCAUUUCCCAGUACCUCAUUUGAAGGGAACACUGGACUCUGUGGAAAUCCACUCUCUACACAAUGUGACGGCCCAGAUUCAACAACCCCAAUAAUAUCACAAGAACCCAGUGGUUUGUGGCAGGAUAGACUUGAGGCCAUCCUCUUGCUUACCUUUUCUGGUUUGGGGUUUGGAGUGGGUUUCACAUUGGCGAUCAUGUUCAGACGCUUUUUCCACAUAGAAGGAUGGGUUGGCAAGCAUUUCUGUAUUCGUAUGUGA